AUACCUGAGUUGCUGCUGCUGAAAUGGGCAGCACGGAAUCCCCAACGCCCGUGCAAGCACCUGUGUGCUCGAUUGUGAACAGUGGCCCAGCAGCUCCUGCCACUGACUCGAAGCCGAAGAAGAAGAUAUGCUGCGCUUGCCCUGACACCAAGAGGCUCAGAGAUGAGUGCAUCGUCGAGUACGGGGAGUCUGCGUGCACCAAGUGGAUCGAGGCUCACAAGCAAUGCCUCCGUGCCGAGGGCUUCAAGGUCUGAUUCUUCUCUGAGGAUGUUGCAUUUGCUUUCAUGGAUGUUGCAGAACAUGCUAUUUGAGAUUCAGUUAGAGUUGUUGUCUUGUUUUUCAAUGCUGUGCCUGUAUGGUUUAAUGGUUAGCGAGCUUGAUACCUGUUUCCAUGGGAAAUAAAUUACUGAUGACUGACUUUAUGGGUUACCAUAUGAGAAAUUUUCUUGGUGUUCA